UAGUAGUACAUAUGGAAAUGGGGGACCUUCUUUGGAUCUUUAUCUUCACUUACGUGUCGAAUUUUCUCACCUAUAUAUAAUGCAUGCAGCCUUAGGCUAUUUUCCCAUUAAAUCCAGAAAUCCUGUCUAUUUUUUUUCACUUGCUUUGUGCAUUUUCUUCAUAUUUUAUACAAUGGAAAAGUGCAAUCAACUGCAAUGCCAAGCGUCCUACUUGAGAAAUGCUCUAUUCAAUCAGGGAUAUCUUGAUGAACAGUUCCUUCAAUUGGAAGAAUUGCAAGAUGAAGCUAACCCUAACUUUGUAGAAGAAGUGGUCAAGCUAUUUUACACAGACUCGACCCGCCUUAUUCGAAACAUACAACUGACACUAGAAAAUACUCCCUGGGACUUCGAAAAACUGGAUAAUAUUAUGCAUCAAUACCAGGGCAGCAGCUCUAGCAUUGGUGCUAAAAAAGUUAAGAAGGAAUGCACACAAUUUCAAGAAUACUGCAAAGUAGAGAACAUAGAUGGAUGCGUGAGAACAUUCAAAGAGGUAAAACAAGAGCAUGCAACCCUCAAGAGGAAGCUUGAGAACUAUUUUCAGCUUGUAAGAGAAGCUCGUUAACUCGCCUACGUCAAAGCCGCAAUGAGGAGGAAUGAAGAUGGUGAUGCCAAAUAAGUGAAUGUUACUACUUGUAGAAUGAAAAACUGCUAACUAAAUAUGUACAAAAUAACUUUUCAAUAAAUAAGUAAAUGUUACUAUCAGUAGAAUGAAAAUAACUUUUCGGUCAUACUACUUGUACAUUAUUUGUAAUAUUUUUGAUAAAUGGACUUCUUACCAAUUAAUUUAUAAAAGUAGAAUUUAAAUUCUAUUAAA